GGGUCGCUCGGCUCGGUGAGGAGCUGCGUGCAUUGUUUUGCUUGGCGCGGGGCGCAGCGACGGGUGGUUCCUGCGGGUUGCUCUUCUCUUCGGGCUGCUGAACCCCGGCCUUCCUCCUUCCUUAGCUUCUCUAGAGGGUGGAAGGCCUCUUGGGGGGAGCUGCCGAACGCGGUUCCGCGGCGUAAGUGGGCGGGCAGGCAGCGCCAGGGGCCGGCCCGGCGUGCCAAGCGCAGCUCUGAGGAGCGGGAUUGCUUGCAGGAUUUUAAAGGGAAUUCCGUUUUGAGGUUCCUAGUUACAGUUUUUAGGAACUGCUAUCUGCCUUGAGAUGGAGGAAGCAGCGUGUGAUAAAUUGACGUCUUUGUGCCAUACACCAAAGGAUUCUGGGACAGCAGCUCCACAGAGGACUAGUUCAGGAAAACAGCCAAUGAGUGCAACUCUAAGGGAACGAUUAAGGAAAACAAGGCGUUCAUUUAAUGCUAAUUUUACAGUGGCAAAGCGGCUCAAGGUAGAUACUGAAGAAAAAGACUGUGCAGAUGUUGACAGUGGGUGUCUGCCAAAGAUAGGCAUGGAUUGUUCCACAUUACAAGAUGGUUCUGAAUGCCCGGAAAGAAACUGCACUGUAAAUACUUAUUUCAAAAGUCCUUUACAGGAAAACAAUCUCUGCGAAUCAGCAGAGAACGUGGUAAGGGUUGAUGUUAGUCAGCAGCAGUCCCUAGAAGAAAAAGUAAGGCUGAUGAAACAAGUGAAAGAUAAGGAAGAGCUACUUCGAAGGCUCAAACUGGUCAAGAUGUACCGAUCUAAGAACAACCUGUCUGAACUGCAGGCUUUGAUAGUAAAAUGGAGAAGCAGUACCCAGCUGAUGCUGUAUGAGCUGCAGUCUGCCUUUUCUGCAGAUGGCAAGAAAGUGAGUCUCAGUCAGCUGAUAGAUACUUUUGGAUUGGAAGACCACUUACUGCACUACAGCAGAACAGAAGAAGAUUUUGUGGACACGUAACCUACUGGUGCAAAGCUUUCAAUUACAUGCAUCAGCAAAAAAGACUGAAUGGACUGAUAAAAUCCAUUGUCUGAUCAACACUUCUUUGUUUUGGUGAGAGUUUCUCAUCAGAGCUUGUGAAACUGCAUACUUAAACAUGGUAGGCUGUAAAAACCAUUACUUUAUAGUGAAAACUGAAUUUAUGCAGACUGUUUUGGAAAACGGGCUAGAGAGCUUGGUUAGUGAUUAUUUUAAAUAAAAUGAAAUCAAGUAAUACUUUAAUCAAACAGCUGUCUGCCUUGUACCUGUUAGUCUUCAUGGUUUUAAGACAGAAUGCAAGUUCAAAUCAACUGUCACUUCUGUUGGUGUUUAGAUGGGGAGAAGGGUUCAGUUCUUUGUUCAUAGAUACAUCCUCAUCUUCCAAACUUAUUCCUGCUGCCAGUUAAUGACGUCAUUUUGCAAGUCAGGUAAAGAUAAUUUUUGUGUUAAUAUUCUGGAACUGCAAUUAGCAAUAAUUAAAGCUAUUAAGAACAUCUAAGGGAAAUAUAAUGGCACUGACCCUCGUCCAGACAGUUGUUUUUAGAGGAACUCUAGCAGCUUUUGGUAACAGAAAAAAAAAAAUGUAAUUACCAUCUGUCUACUGUAUUGGCUCAUUUAAGAGCUGAGGCAUUCUCUCUCCAAGGUUCUUCAAUUACAGCAUCAUUUACCUUUCUGCAGUAACACUAAAGAAAACUCCAGCAUUUCAUUCCUUCUCCAAUAAGCACUGCCUUCUCAAAAUGUUUUACUCUUAUUAUUUCAACUUGAAAUUGCUUAUUUUCUCACUUCUAUGUAUGUAGUGUGGUGACUUGGCUGCUUUUGUUUUCCUUCUUUUAUCCACUGUAACAGUAUAUAGACCUGUACUUGAUCUACCACGCUUCCUGCUGUAAAUAUUUUUAACUACAACCCCAUUCCUUAUUUGCUGUAGUUUAACUGCUUUCUUUAUAUGUGGCAAUUACUCAUUAAUAAGGAAGUAAUUUUGUCCAUACCCCAAGGGAAGUGGAAAGAAAAACACAGAUGAAAUAGUCUGUUUUAAUGUUGUUAGGGCUCAUUAAAUUGAAGUUUGUAGCCACAGUUUACUUUCAGGAAUACUGAGUGGCA